GUAUUGUCCGCUGGUGGUCCGGCGUGCUCGCGCUAACGCCGCUGAGGUGAAUGUUAGGACGGUUAAACAGAGUCGCUCUGUGUUUCCCGCUCAGAGUCCGUUUUAUUAGAGACGGACGGGUUUCUGUGUCACUGCGUGAAGGACUCGACAUAAACGCAGCGCAGCUCGGACUCUCCUCCCGGCGGAGUUCAGCACUCAGCGCUGCAGCGAGCAGCGACAUGGAGAGUAAAGAGGAGCCCAUCAGUGAGGUCACAGCGGAGCAGCAGGGAGACGGAGACGGAGGCGGGCAGGAGAACCGUACAGGGAAACGGAAGAGCGGAGACACCGGCGACCAGGACAGAGCCGCCCGCGGAAAGAAGCGAAAGGCUGGUAAACAGCUCCGGCCCGGAGAGAGGUACGUCCCCCCUCCCCAAAAACGCAACCCCGGCGUGAGUUUCAGCCAGGAGCAUUUUGCUGAAACCUCGUAUUAUUUUGAAGGCGGGCUUCGGAAAGUGUACCCUUAUUACUUUGACUUCAAGACCUACUGCAAGGGCCGCUGGAUUGGUAAGACUCUGCUUGAAGUUUUCAGCAGUGAGUUUCGUGCUGAACCCCUGGACUACUACGAGAAGGCGGUUAAAGAUGGACGCAUUCGGUUGAAUGAAAAACCGGUGGAUGACUUAAAUAUAACGCUGAAGAACAACGACUUCAUGAGGAACACUGUCCAUCGUCAUGAGCCGCCUGUUAUAGGUCGGCCACUGGAGGUUUUGGUGGACGAUGGUGAAGUUGUGGUGGUGGACAAGCCCGCCUCUCUACCUGUACAUCCCUGUGGACGCUAUCGUCACAACACAGUCAUUUUCAUUCUAGGGAAGGAGAGAGGCCUCUGUGGCCUUCACACAGUGCAUCGUCUAGAUCGGCUCACUUCUGGUGUUCUUCUGUUCGCCCGCACUCUGGAGGUGUCAAAGAAACUGGACCAGAUGGUUCGAGAUAGACAGUUGGAGAAGGAAUAUGUUUGUCGUGUGGAAGGUGAAUUUCCAGAUGGCGAGGUGGUGUGUGAGGAACCCAUACUAGUUGUGUCCUUCAAAGUGGGUCUCUGCAGGGUAGAUCCAAAAGGCAAAGAGUGCCGCACCGUUUUCCAGAAGCUCAGUUAUAACGGCUGUUCUAGUGUGGUGCGCUGUCUCCCACUCACAGGGCGCACUCACCAGAUCCGUGUUCAUCUCCAGUUCCUGGGCUUCCCUAUCCUUAAUGACCCCAUUUAUGGUUCUUCUGCAUGGGGCCCAAACAGGGGCAAGGGUGGUCUGGUGGGUAUGAAUGACGAGGAGCUGCUAGAAGCCCUUCUUGAAGAGCAUCGUUCAAAGGAGAGUUUGCACCUUUUGGAUAUUCCAGAUGAGGCCAUAUCAGUGAAGAGUGGCACAAAAGAAGGUACAAGUGGUGAUGCCCCAGUUAACAGUAAACCGCCAGUCAUCGCUAAAUCUAUAAGUGCUGCCUGUGAAGACGGUUCCUGUAAACUGCCUGUAGCAUCAUUACAGGCUGAGGAUUCUGAACCAAAGACCUCUGCAAAUGGCAUGGAAGGAGAAACAAAUGGUGCACAGAUGGAGAAGAGCAAUUCUCACUCUGAGACAUCAUCCAGAGCUGCAAAUGCUAACAAGUUUGUCAGAGAUCAUUUGUGUGGGGAGUGUAAAAUUGUGCGACCUGACCCUACAGAGAAGGAAUUGGUCAUGUAUUUGCAUGCUUUGCGUUACAAGGGGCCGGACUUUGAAUACUCCACACAGUUGCCAGAUUGGGCUAAAGAAGAUUGGGUACAGGAUUAAAUUACUUUUGGCCCAGUUCAGUUCUUUAUAUAUCUUUACUCACUGAAAAUAGUGAGAAUAAAAUGACUGAUGUUGCUUUUAUUUAAGAUUUUAUUUUUGUGUUUUUUUAAAUGUUUUAUUUAAAUUAAAUAUAUUCAAGGAAAACUAUGUUCCUUUUUUUCUACCCAUCCAGAAAGCAGAGUAGGAAAGGCUGUUGAGGUUCUGAAGACAUAUCAAGCAUAUUACCAUGUUUGUUUGAUCCAAACAAAGCUCUUUCCUCAGUAAAAUAUGUCUUUAUUGAGGUUUUCCAUCAUGUUUCCAUCAUAGUUCUGUCUUAAACUCUUUAAAUCUGACAUUAAACAGUAUCAACAUAAACUUGUAAUAGUACAUUUCACAAAAAACUCGACGCAGCACUCAGUUUGGCACAAAUAAUCGAUACUUUUACAUUUGGCACUUUGCACAUUAGAAAGGUAGGACAGCAUUGUGGACAUGUUUAUUGGCCAUUAUUCCAAGAAAACAUUGACCCCAUUUUAGUAAUAACUGGCCAGAGAGGACCAUCUCUUCUUAAACAGUUCAUUGAUUUAGUAACAAUUCUUUGAUUAUCAAACUGGGACUUGUGUUCAGCCUUUGAGUGCUUAAUUGCUUGAUUAAAAAC